CAACAACAACAACAACAACAACAACAACAACAACAACAACAACAACAGCGCUUCCGGGAUCGGCAGCUUAACGGGGAGCAACGUUUCGAGGGUAUCUCGCGACCCGAGGAGGUCUCGGACCUUGAGCUACCUGCCUACAUCAGUGCCCUCCUUGUCACCGUCGAACGCAAGAUCGAAAGGGUCUCGAUCGACGAUCUCACCUUCCCCUGUACCGCUUGCCGGAAUAUCGACACCGACGACCCGCUCCUCGGCUGCAAGUGUGCCGGUAACGGAUGCGAGUGCGGUACCGAGACGAGCUGCGGAUGCGUCGCCGAGCAGAGCCUCCCCGAGGUGCGGAGCUUCGAGGUAGCCGGCAUCAAACACAUCGACAGUGACGACGAGGAGGAAGUGCGCAUGGGCUUUGGUACGAAGAAACGAAUCGACGAGGUGACAGCGCCGAGGACCAUUCACGAGAUAUCCGAGCGAGCGCUUAACUGCGGCCUCACUCUACCCGGGUACGCGGACAUCGCGGGCAGGCCGAUCCUGGAAUUCGACGGGAGCUCGUCGCGCCGCGACGUAGUCUCCUCCCGGGAAAUGGCCUCCCUCCUCUUCUACCUAGCGCGGCUGCCAAGCGCCGAAUGUAUGCAAGAUGGAUUCGCGCUACUUGUUAAUGCUAAUUUAAAAGAGGAAGUCGAGACUCUGGAUCGAGCAAUCCACCUACUAAAAGGCAAAGUCAAAGUACCUCAGGCGUACCUUCUGCGAAAUUCACCGGAAGUCAGGACGCCCGACCUCUUUCCACGCAGUCACCUCAAGACCAUCAGCGUGGACGAGAAGACGCUAGAGAAACACAUCCCGAGGCGAGCGACGGUUUACAACCACGAGCACUGCGUCGCCUACUACAAGGAGUACGACGCCGUGAUGACGGAAUGGCAGGCCGCCGGUCGUAGGCUCGCCUUGGAAAUGUCCGAGCUGAAAGAGUGCACCAGCCUCUCAGGCAGCCUCACGCCCUUGAAUCGCCUGCUCGCGGAUCCGACACUGAGGCGGACGGCGAGGGACGCCGAAGAAGCGAUGGGCGCUCUCGAGGAGCGAGCCGCGCCUCUCCUCCAGCUCGAUCACGUCAGGAAUAUCAAUGCCUCGAUAUCGUGA